AUGGCCUUAAUGGCACAGAAACAUACCUUUGUUGUCUUCAUGAUCAUCAUCAUCAUGGUUUCACUUCCAUCAACAGCAUUGGGAGGGAGGAAAAGCAAGAACUUUGUCGAGUAUGCAGCUCCUUCAGCAACCAUGACCAAGGAAUAUUAUGCAUUAUCUGAGAAUAGAGCUGAUGAAGUUGAUGGCAGUCAUGCUGUUCGUUGGAGGAUGUUGAUGAAGGUGGACACACAGGAUUAUGGACCUGACAAUCCAGCUCCAUCUCUUCCUUCUCUUCCGGAGCCUCCUCCCAGACGUAUCUCUCACGGCCCCCCUAAUAGAAGUGACUAUACAACUCCAUUAGGAAAUGACGAUCCAACUCCAACUCUUCCGGAGCCUCCUUCCGGACGUAUUCCUCACGGUCCCCCUAAUGGAAGUGAUGAUCCAACUCCAUUAGGAAGUGACGAUCCAACUCCAACUCUUCCAGAGCCUCCUUCCGGGCGUAUCCCUCAUGGUCCCCCUAAUGGAAAUGACGAUCCAACUCCAUUAGGAAGUGACGAUCCAACUCCAACUCUUCCAGAGCCUCCUUCCGGGCGUAUCCCUCACGGCCCCCCUAAUGGAAGUGACGAUCCAACUCCAUUAGGAAGUGACGAUCCAACUCCAACUCUUUCAGAGCCUCCUUCCGGACGUAUCCCUCACGGUCCCCCUAAUGGAAGUGACGAUCCAACUUCAUUAGGAAGUGACGAUCCAACUCCAACUCUUCCGGAGCCUCCUUCCGGACGUAUCCCUCACGGUCCCCCUAAUGGAAGUGACAAUCCAACUCCAUUAGGAAGUGACGAUCCAACUCCAACUCUUCCAGAGCCUCCUUCCGGGCGUAUCCCUCACGGUCCUCCUAAUGGAAGUGACGAUCCAACUCCAACUCUUCCGGAGCCUCCUUCCGGCCGUAUCUCUCACGGUCCCCCUAAUGAAAGUGACAAUCCAACUCCAUUAGGAAGUGACGAUCCAACUCCAACUCUUCCAGAGCCUCCUUCCGGGCGUAUCCCUCAUGGUCCCCCUAAUGGAAGUGAUGAUCUGACUCUAUUUGGAAGUGACGAUCCAACUCCAUCUCUUCCGGAGCCUCCUUCCGGGCGUAUCCCUCAUGGCCCCUCUAAUGAUGAAAGAGAAAAGCAAACCAUCAACGGAUAA